CCGCGCCGCGCCGCCGCGCAGUCCCCGCGCUGCUCCGUGGGCCGCCGGAGCCGCACGUCGGGCCGCCCUCCUCUUCCUCCCCACCGCCGCCGCCUCUCGCUAUGAAUGCACGCCGGGCCCUGCUCUCCGCCGCCUUGCUCGCCAGCCUCCUCUGGGAUUUACCUUGCUGCCUCCCGGCUUCCCUCCCCACCGCCUCGGAGAUCGCCGCCUCUUCCAAAGGCGGACGGGGCCGCAGGGUGCCGCGGUCCCCACGGGAGAACCGCCCGCGGCAAGGCGGACACGCCGUGGGCCGGGCGUUCCCACGGGCGGAACCCCACGAGUACAUGCUGUCUCUGUUCAGGACUUACUCCAUCGCAGAGAAACUGGGCAUCAACGCCAGCUUUUUUCAGUCGUCCAAAUCCGCCAACACCAUCACUAGUUUUGUAGACAAGGGACUAGACGAUCUCUCGCCCGCUCCCUUGAGGCGGCAGCAGUAUGUGUUUGAUGUAUCGACCCUCUCGGAGACGGAGGAGCUGGUGGGGGCCGAGGUGCGGCUCUUCCGCCGGGCGUCCCGCGCCCGCCCGCCGCCCGCCGCCCUGGUACAUAUGCAGCUCUUCCCCUGCCUGUCGCCACGGCCUCUGGACUCUCGCGCCCUGGACCCGCGGGCGGCCCCGGCCGCCGACUGGGAGGUCUUCGACGUGCGGCAAGGCCUGCGGGAGCAGCGGCCGUCGAAGCGGCUGUGCCUGGAGCUGCGGGCCUCGGCGGGCCGCGGGCCGCCGCGCUGGCUGGACCUGCGGGGCCUGGGAUUCGGGCGCCGGCCGCGACCGCCGCAGGAGCGGGCGCUGCUGGUGGUCUUCACCCGCGCCCGGCGGCCCAGCCUGCUCGGGGAGCUGCGCGCCGAGCUGGGCUCGCCGCCGCCGCCUGCUGUCCGCCGGCCGCCGCCCCGGCGCCAGCGGCGCACCGCCUUCGCCAGCCGGCACGGGAAGCGGCACGGCAAGAAGUCCCGCCUGCGCUGCAGCAAGAAGCCACUGCACGUCAACUUCAAGGAGCUGGGCUGGGACGACUGGAUUAUCGCCCCGCUGGAGUACGAGGCCCACCACUGCGAGGGGGUCUGCGACUUCCCACUGCGCUCCCACCUGGAGCCCACGAACCACGCCAUCAUUCAGACCCUCAUGAACUCCAUGGACCCCAGCUCCACGCCGCCCAGUUGCUGCGUCCCCACUAAAUUGACUCCCAUCAGCAUCCUCUACAUCGACGCGGGCAACAACGUGGUGUACAAGCAGUACGAGGACAUGGUGGUGGAGUCCUGCGGCUGCAGGUAGCGGGCGGGACACCCCUCGGGGCUGCAUCUGGCAGAGAAGCGCCGGCGGUGGCGAGCGGGGACGGCCCGCGCCCGCCCGGAGCGGGCUCGGCGCGUAGGGGAAGGGCGGGCGCCGGUUCCCGCGGGCGGCGGGCGUCGGGCAGCGCCUGCCCUUGACUGCCGUGCGGGGAAGGGAGAGAGGGCAGGGCAGGCGGCCAGGCCCCGCCGGGUCCCUUCCCCUCUUUCCCCCUCUCUUUCCCCCUCUCUCCCUCCCUCCUUCCCUCUCCCGGGGUUUAUCUGGCGAUCUGUCCUCUUCCCUCCAAAGGUGAAGGCAAUUUAACGAGUACAAAAAGAGUCGGGGGAGGGAGAGGGAGCAGACCGAGCCCUCUCUCUGAAGUUGCUCUGAAGAGGGCUGCUUCAUUUCUGCCCUCUUUCACAUUCCUGCAAGCUUACCAGCCAGAAAUAGCCUCCGGCCCCCACCCCCAAAGGAAAAAAAAAAAAAAAGAGAAAAGUUAAAAAACAAAAAAAAAGCUCAAGAUUGUAAUUACCAGUUAGGUUUUAUUUUAAGACAGCAAUGAAAAACUGUGAAGAGCGAAGUGUUACAGAAAGCACAACCUGGGUGAAUGGAAAGGAAACUCCCUCGAAUUUCAGGAACAGCGCAAGGAUGCCAUUGCCAGGUCUCUAAGUAGCUCUAGCUCGGCAGCCCUCGCAACCUGCAGCAGUAUUAUACGCGAAUGGUGUGCUUGAAAAGGCGUUCUAAGUAAGAUUCCUGUUUCUUUCCCGCCUUUGGUCUCAGCUGCUGCUUCACCUGAGGAAAGUGCACUUCGAAGCACGCCUAGCCCUUUCUUAAUGUAACUGUUAUGUUCGUAGUUUCAGGCUUUUCCCCACUGAGUUUUAGAGUCGUCUUAUUUGGUUUUGCAGAGCUGGUGAAAAAAAAAAAGAUUAAAAAAAGAGAAGAGAAUAAUAAUAUAAAAUGCUAAUAAAAAGACUCGACCAGGAGCAAUAAUUUAAAAUGCACAUUUUGCUUUGGAUGCACUGUUGUUCAUAUAAAAGUUGUAAAUAUUUGUUUAUUUAAACAGACUGAAAAGUGCAAAAUGGAGAUGAACAACAUGCAUUUUUUUUUAAUGUACAAAACAUUAUAUGCACUCGAAAUGUUAUAAUUUCUAAUAUUUUUAAAAGUUUAUAUUUGAGUUGUACAGAAUUAAGCAUUAAUCAAAUAUUUCAUCCUUACUUAACAUUAUCAUUUCCUUAAGAUAUUAUUACAAGAUUUAAGUUCUGUGCUAAUAAUGGAAAAAAGAACUUUUUUUUUACUGUCUACCUCACUAUAAUGCAAGUAUUUACAACUCUAAAGUUAUCUGAGGUAAAUUAAUAUUCAGAACAUUUUUACAAUACAACUUUACUGGACGGUACUACAACUAUUACUGUAUUAUUAAACAUUUCUUUUUCCAAAAAGUCAGCUUGCUUUUAUAUGUUUUAUUAUUUGGUUAAGUAAUGCUGAGUUCUUAAGUAAACAUUAGCUCCAGUUCUACAAAUGCUGCAGAAUUGAGUUGGAGCAAGUGCCACUUAGAGAUGUACCUGAAACCAUUCCUCCUAUCUGAAGACUUUUUGUACUCUCACAAGAUCUUUAGUUUCGUCUUUGGUAUAUGCUGGUGGCUCAGAGCUGCAUUAUGUUUGUCUGCAUUUCAUGCAAUGAUUACUAUAAAUGGGAGAACGCAUUAAGGGGAAAAAUUCAGACAAACCUUUGUAAAUCUCAUCUGUACCGGGUACGUUUAUAUACACUGUAUGAUGUUGAUGAGCAAAAGACAAUGAAUGUUUUAUAAAUGAUAUUUAUUUUAUUGCAAUGGGUAAUAUAUUUAUUAAAUAUUUCUUGGCUAUCUCUUAGAUAAUGAAGAACUAUUAAAUAAGUAGCUGUUUCAGUAAGAGAAGGAUUCCCCUCUUCUCUCACAGCAAUGCUUGUGGAGAAGGUGGUGUAGGCAGUGUGGGGGCUCUUGGAAAAGAAAGUGCCUCAUCUUAUAUGCAGAAGGGCUGAAAGAGAUGCUCACCUUGUGGAAUGUGUUGAAAACAAGGUUCUUUUCAUAGAAAGUGGAAUUUUUUUAACCUUAUCACAAGAUCUGAUCACAUUUUUCCCUGGCCAGCUUUCACCCCCUUGGACUGCUGCUUGAACAAAGGAUUGCAGAAUCAUGCCCGAGUGUUUGAAUAGCAGCAGCUGAGAGACCUGUAGAAGACUCCAGCUUUAGAGCUGGUACAAUUGCCAGAGGAAUAUUUCUUUUUAAUACUUAAUAGUGUUUCAAGUUCAUGACUAAUAGAGUCAGAAACCACAGCUUUAAAAACAGCUUUAGUUUUAAAGCUGGGUUUACUGUUUGGAGUGGUGUGAACUUUGGUUGCUGCUCUGACCACACUGGUUCAGUCUUCUGCUAUGGAUGAAGCUCCCUCUCUCUUUACGAAGGAAAGCAGUGGGCAAAUGAUGCCCAACAGGCUGCAGUGUGCUCUCUGAGGAAUGGUAAUCAGGAUCCAUAAGACGCCAUCCACUGGAAAUGACCACUGAGUGAAUCAUCGUUUUAGUUUGCUGCCUAGUGAGCAAAUGAAUUAUCACUUGUACAGACAAUGCUUUGGCUAAAACCAUGCACUGAGAUUUUCAAUGCAAUUUCCUUUCCAUGUAAAAACCAGCGUCCCUUCUAUUGCAAGACUGUACAUUGCACGCUUGGUAGCAAGCUGGUCUGUCACUGAGCCACCCGUUCUGCUCUGCCUCAGAUGUGGCUUUGGGGAACGUCAUCAAACAAAGUUCAACUGUGGGAGGCCUAAGAAAUCUCUCCUGAAAGAAGGUUCUCAGAGAGGCAACAGAGAAGACAUUGCUGUCUUGGAUAUACAGUACAGAGCAGUUUGUAUCUUCUCCUACAUUAGCUGAUUUUUUGGUGACCUCUUUAAUGGCCAGAAAAGGUUUAAAAGCAGUUUGUCCCAAAUGUCUGAUCUGUACUUGUUAAUGUUUUAAGGGCAGUGAGAGAGCUGAAGAAAGGCAAAAAUAGUCAGCAUCUGCAUUACCUGCUUUGGAGGCAAACCUUUUGGAUUUUACUUACUGAAAGAGAGGGAACACUGGCUUUCUGAAUGUGUGCUCUGUAUGCUACAGCUAAUAUAACAUUAUCUGAGCCCGUUUUGGCAAGUCUGCUCUUCCUAAAGAUGGGAUCUCCGCUCAUUUCCUUUUUUAGGUCUGCAGUAUUCUUUUGUACAAAACUGAGAAUGAGCGGUACAGUGCUGAGAAGGAGAAGUGGAAAGAUACAGCAAAGCUGAUGGAUGGUCUUUCCUUGCUUGCACCUCCUUUUCUUUCUCUCACCCUGCCCCCAAGAGCUAACUAGUAAACUGAAUGAAAAAUAGCAGUAAUUAUUUUUUCAGCUUUUACCACAAAUACUGCGAGCCUUUGUUACAGAGAAACCCAAAUAUGGAAAUUCAGCGGAUGCACAGCUCAGAUCUCCCUGUCCUGCCAAAGUAAUAUGAAUUUUCUUCUCCAUUUCUCAACUCCCCAUGCUCGAAAUCAUAUUUAAAAAGGGGAAAUGAUUUCUUUUGUUAUGCUGCUGGCCAGAAGAGGGAGCAGAAUCUAUAAAGUAGUGGGAAUAGACACCAGCAGAGAGAAGUCAGCUGAAGUCAGUCUAGCUCAUGGUGUGGUAUGUAUCAAAAGACAUUACACAGUUCAUCCGUCCCAUUGGCUGUGUUGCUCAAAUGCAAGAAAACCACCGGCUCCUCUUUGACGUAUAGAUAUACAUUGGAACAAUUAAAUUCUGAAUAUGAGAAUGAAAAAAAGGUAGUGUGGAGUUUAAGCCCUAGGUUUGUAAAUACUGCUUCUUUUUGGACCACAGACUCCCUCUUACAUUGAUUGAUUUAUGGGAGAGGUAUAUUUGUGAAAAUGAAUUUUGUGGUAAAAUGCUGGAACUUCCCCCAUGAAGAGUAGAUCCAAUCUUCUUUAUUACCUGCACACAGAUGAGAGGUUGGUUUGUUUACUGAAAUGUAUGAAUUAAUCAUGUUUAUUUUUAACACCUCAAUGUUUAACCUUAAAUAUCACCUGAGAGACAGAGUUGAUCACAUUGCAUGAAACAUCUGCCUUCAUAACCUCUUUGCUUCAGAAGGACAUCUGAAGCUGUAAGGAAGUCGAGUGGCUGAACUUCACCUUUGUCAAUCAUUCAGAUGCUGCGCAGCAGGACAGCAGAUUUCAAUAGCAUGUAAUUUGUUCCCUCACAUAGGAGCCAUGUGCUAUAAAGCAGUAUCCUCCCCUUGAGUGGGGUCUUUUGUCAGCAUUGAGCUAUAUUAUACGAUCACAUUUCCAAAUAUUUGUUCUUGUUUCUUUGCAGCGUCAGACCUGUUGUAAACUGAGGAUGUUCCAGCUGUUCAUAAUUGUGAGGGACGAGAGUCAACAUAUUGUGCCUGCUGUGCUCAUCGUCUCCCUAUUCCUUGAUGACUGCAGCCUUGAAAAGUACCACUGUUGUAGUCAAUAUACAUUCCUAUUUAGUGUAUCAUACUGCUGGGAAUUAGAAAAGGUGCUCCCAAGGUUUUAACCAGAGUUAAUUUUGCACAUCAGCCUGACACAGAGUAUUGGAUCCUAUAUUUGCCUAUGUGCUAGCAUUUUGACAAAUCUAGUAUUUGUUUAAACCGUGAAUGCUGUCAGCCCUCUCUCUGAAACUGAGAAGCCUGAAAUUGGACCGGGGACUUCUAUCCCACAAGACCACUUUCUUAGUAACAACUUUCUGCACCAUUUUUUGUGAAGACCCUUAGAAGAAUCUCCAUAGAAUCACCAAAUCAUUUGUGUUGGAAAAGACCUUUAUGAUAAUUUCUAUGAAGCAUUGCCUAAUCACUAAAGAAACAUUGUUUUUCAGAACAUGAGAGCUUUAGUACUAGAGACGAAUUAGUAAGAAGACUCCAAGGACACCAGUUUUCAAUUGGGUGAGCAGGAAAGACCUCAGGUGAAUAAGAAAACUGAAGGACCGGUGGACAACUCAUUUCUGCAGUGGAAGUGGGAAAUUGCAGGAGGGCCAUAGAAGAGCAAAAGGGAUAACAUAAGGGCACACUGCCAAACAUCUGAGAUGUCUUUGCACUAAUGCUGAGAGUAUGGAGAAUAAACAGGAAGAACUGGAGAUCUUGGGACACAACAAAAGCUACAGUUUAAUCAGUAUCACAGAGACUCAGUGGAAUAAAUUGCAGCACUUCAGCGUUAGCAGAAACAGCAUAAUUUGUGUAGGAAGGACAGGCAGGAAAAAAAGGAAGAGUAUUAUCUGGUAUAUUGGGAAUGUGUAGAAGGCCAGAAAGGGGAGAGACAGAGCUGUUUGAGUUAAAAUUGAGAGGUACUGUAAAGCUCUUCUAAAGAUUACUUAAUGAGGAGGAGGAGGCCAAUGUCGUGUUUUUUGAGCAACUACUGGGAGUGUCCUGAGGAUGUGAGGUAGUGGUAAAAGAGGACUUUACAUAACCAGAUAUCUGUUGUAAGAAAAACAAACAAGCAUACAAAACCCAACAAAACCCCCAAACCAACAGCACAGCGCAGACAGUUCCUCAAGAUUUUGGAAUGUGUUGGAACAACUUUUUGUUUUGAAGAGUGGAGGCAGUUACAGGAGACAUGACUAGAUAAGCUAUGAUAGAUAUAGCUAAUAAAGAGAAACUUGCUAGAAGACAAUUUGAACUCAUACAUCUGUGGAAAAGGAGGCUUGAGGGGAGGAGGGCAAGAUGAAAUGACUCUUGUAAGGCGGACUUCCUCAUGUUGGGGAAUUGAUAGGGAAGGUUUGCAGGGAGGAACCAAAAGGAGCUUAAGGAAACAGGCAGUUUGGAGGAAGUCCUUAUUUAAAGGUCCCAUAGGAAGCUAUCCUGCUGGCAAGGAGGACAGCAUUGGAAGAAAUCAGGGGGUCUGAGUCGGGAGCCACUUGGUUAAACUUUUCAUCAAAAACCCAUUACAAAAAAGUGAGCAAAGACACUGUAUUAGGAAAAGUAAAAGAGAAGGGCUGAAGUAUAUAGAAUGCAAAAGGGACCAGAAAAAUAAGUAAGAAGAAAGAAAAGAAUUAUCACUUCAUAGAGAUGGUAAACAAAGGACGAAUAACAGAGCGGGCUGAAGUGUGAAACAGCUUCUUUGCAAGUAGAGAACACCUGAUGUGAGAGGCUGAACACAUUUAGAGCUAGCAAAGGAACUGAAAUGCAGGCCCCAGAAAAGAAGGAAUGUUUGAAUACAGCAGGAAGUCCUGGGGACAUUUGAUCUGACAUAAUUAAAGAACUAACCACAAUGAUUUAUGAAAUAUUAAUGAGUGUAUGUAAGAACACACAGAAGAAUUAAGGGCACCAAAAAUUACAUAUCAGCCAACCUGCCUCAGAUAUCUCAAAUACUUUGAGAACUACUGCAGAAUAUUCAAGUACUUCAUAUAAUGGCUACUGCAGAAUGAGAAGGUGAUAAAAUCAUCCAGCAUGAAUUUAUCCAGAACAAAUCAUAUCCAAAUGGUCUAAUGUUCUGCUUUGAUAAGAGUGAAAUGUAACUCAAGCACUUAAGAAAAUGGGUUUCCAAAUGAUCUUGCUACAUUGAAAGAGCAGCUUGACAUAAGUACAAUGAAAUGCAAUAUCAACAAAUGCAAAAUACUACACCUGAGGAAGGAUAACCUCAAGCAUAAGAUGUAAAUCUGGCUACAUUAAUGGUUCUGCAAGAAAGAAACUGGAAUGAUUGCUGAAUAUGACAUAAUAAGUGAUAGUGUUGCCCAGGAUAUUUCAGAAUAUAACAACUGGGAUAUUAGGUGCCAGAAAUACUCCAUGGUGCUUUAAUGGGGGUUCAGGCAAAGUUCUGUGUCUGGUUUUAGGGAUUAUAUUUUUGCAGAUCAUUUUCUGAUGUCUUCUGGACCAUUGGUAGUCCGCUGAUCACAAACUGACUAGUAAGGCCUGGGACCUAAAUAUAUCUAGGCAUGACAGAUGAGUAUGUAAGACUGGACAGCUCGUGGUCCACAGACCAGGCCUUCUAUGUUUUCUUUCUUUCUAUUAUCUGAGAAACAUUUUCAAAUACAUCUACCAGGAUGGGCCUUGCUUGGUUCCUUGCUAUCAAAAGAGGAAGAAGUGGAGCUCCCAGGGACUCUGCAUGGAGCGCACACAGUGAAUGAGUUCUUUUCAUCACAAACUGCCUGAGACUGAGGAGAAUUGGAUGCCGUGGUACUCCUAAAAACUGUUAUGCACUCAUCUGCAAUUAACUCCCUUGAGAAAUACAAGCCUGAAUUUUGCUCUUAAAAUAGGAAAAGGAGGAUUUAUUGCAAUGCCUAUUGUGGCACCUAAACUGGGCAGUAGUCCUGCUGGGAUGUCAUUAGGAUUGAGCAGAGUGGAAUAAAUGUCUCCCAUAACUUUAAAGGCAUUCAGUUUAAUACAGUCAGCUGAAUGCUUCAGAAUGAGAGAGACCCUUUGUUUGCUCUCACUCCAGUGGAGUCCUGUGCUGGAUGAGAGUCUCUUGUUGCCAUCAUAAACCAGACAAUGGCUCAUGGCAUGACAACAAUGUGCUGUUUUGAUGGGCUUCUGUGAAUUCUCCAGGCAUGAUCUCCUGUAGAUGCCAAUGCUGGCCAGCAAAGUCCAAAACCUCAAUCUGCCUAAAACCAGUUAUUUCCACUUCCCAGUAGAUAUUUUGCAGCCAGCACUGCUGUGUCCUGCAGCUGAUUCCCAAAUACUUUUCAGCAACUGGGUUUUGUGUCAAGAGUUUUAAUCUGCCAUUGCUGUUCUGUUUGUCAUUUACUACUCAUUUUGGUUCAGAUGAGGAUCUCUGGAGAGGAGUUUUGGUCCUUAUUGUGAUCAACCAGAUACAAGCAAUAGAAAGCUCUGUUCCAUCUUGAACCAGAAACCUUGCAAAUCUGAGGGAAGGUAAUUCUGGGAUGUGUCUGCAGGCCCAUGUAUUUAGUGAACUAAAUACAGUGUACCUGGUAAUCAGCCCCUUCACAUGUGUCUUUCAUUAGCGGAGAAGAUCAGCAUCCAA